AUGAUUGGCUGUAUGGGUCGGUUGUUCGAUCAGCUCGACAUGGUUUACACAAACCAGGAGCGGCUGCUCCAGGGGAUCCAGCCCGAUGUUAGUGUCGAUGCCCGACUGGGCUUUGAACGGGUUUCAUUAGGAACCAUUGAGACUUUGGUGUCUCAAUCGGUGCCAUCCGCAACUCGCAAGUUUGCCUCACAAUAUGGCAGGGGUGCUGCGCCCCGCACGUUUCAUAUCCUCAUCGUCUUGCAUGAGAAGAGGUCAAAAAUGCGGCCUGAGCCCACGCCCAUUACAAGGGAUCGCUGGGCGGCAUCCAUCCACAACCCCCCACACCAUUGGGUGCAUGGACCACUCGUCACGGCAGGACAUCCGUACCAUUGCCGUGGUCAACGGCAACGUUGGAAGAAAGGCUCGGAGACCUCCUGCAAGGAGCCGAGUUGUUGCCGCCGGGAUGACACUCCAUCAUCUCAGGGAGGUGUUCAUGUAUCUGGGGGCUUAGUAGAUCAGGUUGUUGGGGAGUUUGCCCUCCACGUCCAACAACAAAUGGACCAUGUGUUCACGUUGAUGAGGGGGGUAACCUCCCCAGAACCCCUCUGCAUCCUGCUGGAAGCUCCCAGGGUCCUGAAACCCCUGGAAGGCUCUUUCUAG